AUUAGCGUUUUCUCUUCUAUACCCUUCACUUCUAACCCUUCUUAUCCUCUCUCUCGCGCGCUCAAAAACCUCACAACACAACGCAACUAACUCGCUCACUCGACUCGCUCCGAUUCCUUAACUCGUUCUCUUCGUUUUUCAAUUUUUUUUCAUCAUGCCGAAGGCUAAAGCUGAUUCCAAACCCGCUGAGAGCAGGUUGAAGCGUAAGGGUGCUGGAGCUGGAAGGAAACAGACGAAGAAAGCCGCUAAGGAUCCUAACAAGCCGAAGAGGCCACCGAGUGCUUUCUUCGUUUUCAUGUCUGACUUCAGAGAACAGUAUAAGAAGGAUCAUCCAAAUAACAAAUCCGUUGCCACUGUCGGAAAAGCUUGCGGUGAAAAAUGGCAAUCGUUGUCUGAAGAAGAGAAAGCUCCCUAUGUUGCAAGGGCAUUGAAGAAGAAAGAAGAGUAUGAAGUAACUAUUCAGGCUUACAACAAGAAACUGGAAGGAAAAGAUGAGGAAGAUGGUUCCGACAAGUCAAAAUCUGAAGUCAAUGAUGAAGAUGAAGAUGAGGAGGAUGAGGACGACGAGGAAGAUGAAGAUUAGGGGAAAAUUGGGGGGGAGGGGAAAAAUGUAACAACCCAUAUACAUGUCUUGUUUAGGUUGUUGUGGGUUUAUAAUAUGUUGUGAUGUUUACUACUAAGGCAGUGUUAUUUUUUAAGAUAGUUUCUGAAAUUUUAAUGUCUUUUGUCUAGGUUUUAGAUAGUGAACAAUGCUAAUUACGGUUCAGUAUGAUUAUCCUGUACUUAAAGUCAAUGCUAUGAUACGUUUCAAUUCUGUUCA